ACAUUCCUGGAAUGACUCGCAGAGUCUGAGUGGAAACCGACACGGGAUGAGUGAGUCGUGCGCAUCGCUCCUCCACGUCCUGCUCCUGAAACAGAGGAAAGAGCGAGACUCAAAAGCGGGAAAGCGCCGCAGGUUCGAUCAUCAUCCGAUCGAUUCGCGGAGGAGAAGAGAGUCUGAGAGCGCGAACCCGAGACCAGCCAGUGGAGUCCGUCACGGAACGGCGCUUGUCUGGCUCUUGCGUAGUUACGCGUGAAAAAGACGUUUUCUUGAUUUCUCACGUGGAGUUCAUGUUUGGUGUUUGGGAAACAAGCGGGACCGACCGCUGCUGAGCUACACGACUGUCUGUGCGGCGCCCGCGUUUACGCGCCGCUCUUUUGUGCAGUGAAAGCGGACCGGACGCUCGCUCAAGUGGAGUUUACGCCUCGCUUGGUGCUUCCCUUUCCUCACAUCUGUGAUUGCUUAUUUUAUUCCUCUCUUGUUAUGCCAUGACUUGACUUGGUGGUUUCCUGCGGUGAAUGUGGACACACGGGUGACGGUCAAGCUCAUUGCGUAGUAGUCUCACAAAGCCAAAGGGACUGGACCCUGCUGCCUCUCUUCUCCUUCCACACAUGGUCUCUCUGUGUCGCCGCUGGGUUCUUCUUUAACAGAGCCGCACAAUGAGGUGGGCUCUAGUUCUUCGUGCUGCGCUGCUUUUGGCCUCGCUGGUGGUGGACACGUGGGAGAGUGGUGCGACUGACAGAGGAGAAGAACGGAGACAGUUGUCCGUCCAUCGUGGCUCAUCACGUGUGGCGACGCCAAGUUCAGGUGCUCAAACGUGGGCUGGCGGCAGGGGUCACUCUAAAGCUGCUGUGUCCUCCUCAGGGGACCGCGUAAGACCUGGGGAGCAGCAGGUAGGUCAGCGCUCUGCUGCUGAUGGCCAGAGUAGGAAGGCCCCUGGAAGGAGGAAACCAAGUCAUCGGAGAAGAACUGGAUGGCACGAGAUGGUCCAGGAUGAAGCCGCAAUAGGGAUGCAGCCGAGGCAGACCCAAACGCCAGGAAGUGGCAGAUUUCCAAGCCUCUUAGCUAGCUUUGCGGGCAGAAACCGUGUGUUGGUCAUCUCUGCCCCACAUGACUCUGAUGGCUACUACCGGCUGAUGAUGAGCCUUCUUAAGCCAGACAUCUACUGUGAGCUAGCAGAGCGGCACAUGCAGCAGAUUGUGAUGUUCCAUCAGGAGGGAGAGAUGGGUGGAAAAGUGCGGCGCAUCAACAAUGAGGGUCAGAUCAUUGAAGAGCCACUGGACACAUUGCUGAUUCCUAGGCUUAUGAACUUCCUCAAGCUUGACAAAGGAAAAUUUGGGAUGGUGUUGCUACGUAAAACACUGCAGGUGGAGGAGAGGUACCCCUACCCAGUCAGACUGGAGGCCAUGUAUGAGGUGAUUGAUAAAGCUCCCAUGCGCAAGGUGGAAAAGAUCAGGCAGAAGGGCUUUGUGCAGAAAUGCAAAGAAGCUGGCGUUGAGGGACAGAUAGUUAAGAGUGGACGGACUGAGACUCCUCACUCAAACCCUCAGGUGGACACACAAAAUGAAAAGAGGCCACAAAGAAAACCCAUCCGCAGACCUUCCCAGAGCACCUCAACCCCAACAAUCUCCAGCACUACAAGAGUGCCAGCAACAACAGCAACCACAACAACUACCACAACUAGAAGGCCAACAACUACAACUACUACCACCACAGCUACAACUACUACCACUACAACUACUGCACCUCCAACCACAACCACCCUUCCCACGACAACCGCCACUACCUUAGCGGCUACUCAGCACCCUACUAAAGCUCAAAUGUUACUCCACUGGGUACCUGACCACAGAACCACAGCUGAUGGAAACCAUCCCCACACCAGUCUCUACUCUACACCUCCUUCAACCAAGGCCUAUACAGGUAGGAAUGGAGACAGUCAAACCAGGAGGAAUUACAACCAGAGGAAUGCCGGUGGCACAAUAAUCAAACCUGAACCGUCAACCAAAGCAAAGCAACCCAAAAACACAAAUCUCAGAAAAGAGGUGAGCAAUGAACAUGAGGAUACUUACAAAGAAAGUGCCAUCGCUGGAGACCUCGAUGAGACAGAAAUAGAGGUCAUCCCUCCCAAAAAGGGCAAAAACAAGCAGGACAAGGCAGAGAAGAAGAAGAAGGCUCAGAAAAUGGAAAAGACUGUCAAAAGGGAGAAAAUGGAGAGGAAGGCAAAGGCUCCUAAAGACAGGAAGGGAGAAAGUCGCAACAGAAAGACUGACAAGCAAACACCCAGCAACCAAGACAGAGAAGAUGCUGAAAGGCCUUCAAAGAAAGUGACUCCUUCCAAGGGAUCUUUAGCAUCCUUCAUUGAUUACUUUGAAGGUAGAAGACGGCUUCUGCUGAUAACCACCCCCAGUGAGGACCACAAGAUGUACACUCAGCAGAGGGAUGAGUACCUGGAGCAUGUGUGCGAGAUGGCUGUCAGGAAGCUCUCCAUCAUCACUAUCUUUGGCACCUUCACCAACAGUACCAUGAAAAUUGAUCAUUACCAACUAGAGCAUGACAAGCCCAUGAAAGGCCUGAGAAGAGAGGAUCUUGUAGACCAGGAUCUCAUCACUCAGCUGAGAAAGGGCUUUGGGAUGACAGACGAGGACUUCUUCAUGGUUCUCACUGACUUUGACAUGAAGGCUAAGCAAUACUAUGAAGUGCCUAUCGCCAUGAAGGGCAUGUUUGAUUACAUUGACACCUUCAACUCACGAAUCAGUGAGAUGGAACAGCAGAGGAGGGAAGGGGUCAUGUGCAAGAAGGAAGACAAGCCUAGAUCUUUAGAGAACUUCCUCUCCAGGUUCCGCUGGAGGCGUAGGCUGUUCAUCAUCUCUGCCCCGAACGAUGAGGAGUGGGCUUAUCAGCAGCAGCUGCAAGCUCUCAGCGGCCAGGCCUGCAGCCUGGGUCUGCGCCAUGUGUCCGUUCUCAAGUUGCUAGGGGUGGAUGCAGUGGACAUGGGUGGAGUACUAGAACUCUACCCUAUAAAUGGAAGUGCAACUGUAGAGCGAGAGGGACUCCCAGCAUCCCUGGUGAAGGACAUCCGGAACUACUUUCAGAUCAGUCCUGAGUACUUCUCCAUGCUGCUAGUGGGGAAGGAUGGGAACGUGAAGUCCUGGUACCCAUCGCCAAUGUGGUCUAUGGCCAUCAUCUACGACAUGGUGGACUCCAUGCAGCUGCGCAGGCAGGAAAUGGCCAUACAACAGUCGCUGGGCAUGCGUUGCCCUGAGGAAGAGUAUGGGGGAUAUGGGUACCACAAUCAGGGCUAUCAUGGUGGCUACCAAGAGGGUUAUCACCAAGGAUAUGGAUAUUGAGCCAAAUGUGAACCAUUGGACUCCAGUAGAUUAUUUAUAUUAGUGAUUAUGAGUAUCAGGCCAGAGCUCUUUGUGUUGGACUUUUUUCUGUAUGUAUGUGUGUGUGCGUCUAUGUUGUUUAAUACUAAUUUAAACAUGCUGUACCUUAGAAUGAACAUAUCACUUAGUAUAGUUAGAAUUUUGGUGUGUUGACCUGUAGAGAGAGAGCCUCAUAGAAAAAGUAACUUCUUUUAAAACUUUUCUUUUUUGUGUUUUUCUUCAUUAUAUGGAUGACCUUGCAAAAUUUAGAAAGUGAGGGAAGAUGCAAACAUCCCUAUUAGUGGGUGAAUGCUGCUGGAAGUAAACAUCAUUUCGAAAAAAUACCUUCUAUACUGUUUUCCCCAUCACUUUUGCUUUAUCUUGUGUGCACACAUUCAUAUGCAGAAAAUGCUAUAUAAAAAAUUAGAACUUCGUUAUACUUCCGAACCUCAACCUUUCAGUGAAUGUGUAUUUGAAAUUCUUUGACUGCUUUGCU